AUGGCCGAUGACGUGGUGUACGUGAGGGGAAAGAGUGGCACGGAUGUCAACCUCUGGGAUGAUACAGCACUAAUUAAUGCUUAUGAUAAGGCCAUCAAUUCUUAUAAGAAAUUGAAUGGUCAUAUUGCCAAAGAAACAAACGAAACAUUACAUAAAGCUAAAAAGAAAAAUAUUCCUGGGUGGAAAGUUGGAAGCAAAUGCAAGGCCCAUUAUUCAGAAGAUGGUUUGUUAUACGAUGCAAUUAUUGUGGCCAUAAAUAAAAACUUGGGCAUGUGCACAGUCAAAUAUUUGUAUUACAACAAUGAAGAAACUAAAAUGUUGUCCGAUCUCGUUAAGAUUGAGAAGUCCAAAAAUUCAAAAGCAGAUAAUUCCACCCGCCAUAAUUCAGAUGAUAAUUCAGACGUAUCUAAUAUAACUUCUGCUUCUUUUAAAAAGUUGUUGCCGAACUGUCCACCGCCUCCAAUGCCUGACAUUUCGACGAUAACCAACGAGAAAGACGCUUUGUACGGAAUGCUCAUAUCCUGGUAUAUGAGUGGCUAUUAUACCGGAUAUUACAAGGCAGGAAUCGUGAAAGCUAUAUUGAAGAAUGCAACUUAA